AUGCCCAAAAGGCGGGGCACGCGGUUGGUAGCCCAACAGCUGCUUGAUGAUGCUGCCCAAGACAAUGAACUGGACUAUUUUGGGCAGUUCACUAAGCGGGUGAAGCCCAACAAUGAUGCAGACGGCAAAAAUGCAACGCCCAGGAAACCAUCAAAACCAGUGGAUGACCGCGCGGCAAGGAUUGCCAGGCGUGAAGCUGCUAAGCUCAGCCACGCCCUGGAAAUCCAAGAUCAAGCAGUCUCAACCCGGCGAGUGACGACGAAGCAGGCCGAGGAGGAAGAAAGUGAGGAUGAAGGCAGCGAUGCGGCCGAGGAAGAGAACGAGGAUGAUGAAGAUGACGAAGACGGUGGCCCAGAUGGUAUCGAUCAUGACCGUAUUACUCAGGCUAUGAACCAAGCACGGAAUCGGGCCAUGAAGCCGACGAUAAACGGUAUUGGCAGGCGACGGAGUGAUCAGCCGCCGGAAGUCGUGGCAUCCUCAGACGAAGGAGAGAACAGCGAAGAUGAUCUCUUCGUGUCUCAAACCCCCAAUGGUGAAGACAUCGACGCGCCACAAAACGCACACGAUAGGUCCAGGGGCAGGCCUGGUGCAAACGGGAAGGCCCCUCAGAAAACCAACCAGCGAAGCCACACGGACCAUGACAGACCGCCUCAAAAUGAUAAGGAGGAUAUCUCCUCUCAUACUGAGGACGAAAGCGAGGUCGACUCUCCAAGUGAAAUCGAGUCUGAUAUUGCUGAGGACUCGGCCUUCGUCGAAGCUCCUCAUCAAGGUGAGACACCAGUAACAGUCAAGGUCAUAAUCAACAGCAUGGGUGGCAUUUUCAAGACAUUGCAACAUCACGCGUGGACGGGAAUGUCAGGUUGGACUCGCACAUUCGAGAGCGAUAACGACGAAGGCGGCCACAAAACUUGUGAGACAGCCUCUGGUAAGGCUUUGAUGGAUGAAAUUCAAGGUCUAAACGAUGUUCUUGAUGAGGCAACCAGCCCUCCGCAGCAGCCUUUGAGUGGUGACCAUGGUUUUAUAACAACAAUUGCGUACCUCAGGGCGAACAGUGUAGACGUUCAGCAGCAUCUCGCAAGCAUAAAUCAUACCGUCGACAAGAUUUGUUCUCGAAAAUUGCUUCCAUCGCCGCCAGCCGCUGGUCAAAGAUUCGCAGCGCGAGCCAUCAAGAUGAGGCAGGCGCUGCUGAGAGAUAUUUCUCGCCGGUUGAUCCCGAUGUUGAUAAUUACCGUGAAGAAGGCAUGCGAUAUUUGUCCAUCGGAGGAUAACCGGUCCAAAACAAUAUUACAUCUCGACUGCUUCACGCUUCAGUUCUUCUUGAGACCUCUUGCUUGGGCUAAUCGACUCCACAAGGCACUCCAGAGGGGCCUUGAGCAAUGGCCUCGGAACAAUGAGUCUCAAGACGACGCAAACUAUCCCGACAAAGACGGACCAAAGGCUGAGGAGUCGGAGAGAAAAGCACGCUCUACCAUGGAGUCGCAGCUGGAUGCUCUGCAUUCCGCCUUCAAGAAAGCGGAAAGGGAUAUGCGGGACGUCGCGGCACAAGCUGAGAGGCAGGAACGCGAGGCUGAAGCCAAGCGGCGGGACCAAGAGCGGAUUUUGGAGCGGCAACGGUCGAUUGCAGCCGCGAAAGAGCGGGAAAAAGAAGAACAGAAGAGAAGAGACGAGAAAGGAUUUCAAGCUUUCGUAAAGAGCUCACAAGCCUUGAGAUCCAGACCGGAUCCUAUGAAGCAGUUGUGGGAUCAGAGCCAGCCUGCCAUGCCCGAGUCUUCCCGUGCCACUUCUACAAAGCAUGCGGCGCCGGGCUGGAGCCCAUCAGGACAAGGCCAGAGAACUGCUGGAAGACCUCGGCCUGGAGGUGGCCCUUCUAGGAACGUCCGGGUUCAGGUCAUCUCAGAUUCAGAUUCAGAUGAUCCUUUUUCGGACAAUUAUAGGCCCCCUCCGGAGACACCGGGGUCGAACAGACACCCCUCCAGCAACCGUCGCCCACAAGACCUUUCGCCCGGCGUGGGUAGUUCACGACGAGCGUCUCAGGCGAGCAGGCCAUGGUCUAUUCAGGAAGAGAAAGCCAUGAUUCGGGCGAUCCGAUACAAGAAGAACUAUAAUGUGGUAUCAAUGGCACAAAAACUACGACGUUCGCAGGACGAUGUUGCGAGAAAAGCAGCGUUUCUGAAGCAGGGCUACCGUGAAGCCUACAUCCAGAAAGGCGUCGAGAUCCCAACCUGGGCUCUGUAA